UUAUCCGUGAAUUUUAUCUGAGUUGAGUUGAUUCUCGGAGGGAAAUUGUACCGAAUGUGACAUGGUUCGUGGAAAACGAGCAGAGAAUGUAAAGGUCCCUACUUUGUUUACGUAGGGGAAAUAUGAUUUUAUGUGUAAAUUUUAUUUUAUUAUUUUAAUUGUUGUGUUAGUGUUUGAACUGGAACAUACAUGAAAGUCACAGUUUUCAAAAGAUGUAAAAAGCUGAACUAUUCGAGUCAGUUAGAGUAUGGAGGUGGAUAGACGGAGAAUUGCUAUGGCUUCUGAAUUCAUGUCUCGAAUAUUUCAUCGUUUUGUUAUUUUGUUAGUUUACUACAGUUUUAGCUUCACGUUGACAUUUGUAAAUUAUGUUGAUCGGAGCCGAGCUAUUCAGCCUUUAAGCAUUCAGCCACCCAUAGAAAGCAGUAUCACAGAAGAUCCAUUAGCUGCGUUACUUCCACAUUAUAUUAAAAAGUCAAAUGUUGACCCAUACUUAACACGAAAUGUGACUACUCAAGUUGGAAAGACUGUGUAUCUUCACUGUAUAGUGAAUCUUGUUGGAGACAGAACGGUAUCUUGGAUCAGGUUAAAAGAUUUUCACCUUUUAACUGUGGGAAAGUAUACUUACACCAGUGAUACCAGAUUUCAGUCAGUAUAUGUUGGUAUCUCCAAUGACUGGGCUUUGCAAAUCAAGUAUCCGCAGGUUUCAGAUGAAGGUUUAUAUGAAUGCCAAGUCAGCUCAUUUCCUUCAAAAAGUGUAUAUUUUCGGUUAUGGGUUGUUGUUCCUCAAGCAAGAAUACUUGAAGGACCUGAUAUGUAUGUUGAAGUUGGAAGCGCCAUUAAUUUAACAUGUGUCAUUGUGGAUAGUCCUGAAGCUCCGGCAUAUGUUUUCUGGUACCACGAUGGUCGAAUGAUUAAUUUUGACUUCACUCGUGGAUCAAUCACUGUACAAAAAGGUGGAGGAGAUACUGCGGUCAGCCGAUUACGUAUCAAAGAUGCUCAACCUUCUGAUUCGGGAAAUUAUUCGUGUAGUCCUUCAAAUGCUGAUAUUGUUAGCACCAUUGUAUAUGUUGUUAAAGGAGAAAAGCAAGCAGUCGUUCAGAACAUUGAAGGAUCUGCUACUCAGAAAAGUUUUGAAUUAAAUGUCAACAAUUUAUUACUUUUCAUUGGAAUAGUAAUAGCAUGUUUCCUAAGAAGAUGACCAUCUGAAAUGUGAAACAUUUUUCUAGGAAGGCUCGAAGGUGAUGAAUUGAAAGAAGCAAAAUGUGUGAAGAAAGGUCAUUCUCUUUGCAUGUCAUUCUUUGCAUUUGCUUAGAAAGACGAACAUAUUUCAUGUGUGUGAUUGUGAAAGAUCAAAAAGACAAUUAACUGGAAUGUUUUAAGUGUAAUUUAUAUGGAAAGUUCUAAGGGAUGAAUUCCGAAAUACUUGUUGAUUCUGUGGAUGUGAGGUAAAAUGUAUUUUCCCAAUCCAUAUGAAUUCUUAUUGUUCAUGUUUUAUUUUUUCCCUGAAAUGAUGUGUGUUUUAACAGGAAGUAUAUAAGUAUGAUUUUAAUCGACUUUGUUGUAUGUAUAUGAUCUCACAAUUCUGUUAAACCUUGUUCCUGAUAAAUUAUGAGCUUCUAGAGUUUUUUUAUUAGAAUUAUAUUUAUAUAUAUGUAUAUAAUAUACACAAACCCCUUUAUCCAUGAUUUAUUAGAAAAGUUGUGUUAAGUUUCUAAUUAAUACUUUACAUUAUUUUCUUUUAUGGUGCUAUAACUAUUUUAAAGAAACUGUUCAAUUUUAUUUCAUGUUAUGUCUUUAUUUGUAUGAUCUUUGUUUGUCCUUGCAUUUGAAUUUUGGGCAAGCCAAAUUAUGCUCCUUUAAAAUCAAAUUUUACUGGGAGAACUAGUAAUUAUAUUUCUUUGAUAAUAAAGUUUGUCAUAGAUGAAAAGCAAGACAAAAUAAUGGUAAAUAUUUUAAUUUUACUUUAAAAUAAAUAUUUUUGUUGAAUUUAAAUAUACAGUUAACUCCCAGUUAUCUAGAGUGAAUUAAUCACAUUCUUUCAACAAAAAAAAAAAGUUUGUUUAUUGUAAAAUAAUGAGAAAAUUACUAUUGCAGGCCAUCAGCAUAAAAUCAAUGCUAACAGAUGAUGUCAUAUUAUUUCAGAGUUAUUUUUAUCGACAACAGUUCAUAAUUUAAUUGUACAUGAUCCUGAAUAUAAGCAUUGAACAAAUUUUAAUCAACCCUUUUUACAUGAUUUUGAUCUCCAUAACACUGUUCAACUUCUUUUGCAAAAUAUUGCUCAUAAACUGCUUUUAUAAUAUAGUUAAUUUCUAAUGAUAUUUAUUCUGUCAUUAUUUACAGUUUGUUCUUUUUAAUACCGAUUUAAGUUUUACAACUAAAUUAAUACACUCUGCAGGUUAAAUUGUCUAAAAGCAAUGAUAAACUGUGAAUAGUAUUUUUCUUCAAAUUACAGUACAAAAUGAAUUCCCUUUCUUGUAAUUUAAAUGUCAUCAUUAGGGAGUUGACUGUACAAUAUUUUAAAGAAUGCAAAUAUAAUUAUGAAGCAUUUAAAGCCUUUUCCUUGUGUAUCUAGUCAUUUAUUGGUAGUGUUACAAUUGUUUGUUUUAUGCAAUAUCUUAUUUUCCAAAAUAUUUUUUGCUGUUAGUAUUUGAGAUGUAUACUUAAUUUAUCUGAUCAAAUGCAAGUAAUUAGUAUAUCUCUUAUUAGUGGAUUGUUGAAUUAAUUUUGUUUUCAUUUAUAAUAUUAAUCAGAGUUAUUUCAUUAUAUGGUUCAGAGAUAACUACAGGAAUGCUAGGUUUUGUAUCUAUUCUGUGAAAAUAAAUAGUUGUAUUUCAACAAAUAAUUACAUUGACUGAGUAUAGUUUUGUAGAUUGCAAUUUUACAGAGGUGCAAAAUAAAUUAAUUUUAUAAUGCUAUUUGUAAACGUUCAGAAGAAAAUUUAAUAAUUAUGAAUGCACAAUUCAUGACACCUAUUAUCCACUCACUGUCUGUAGCUAUAUCAAAUGCUAGAAAAGUAUUUAUAAAUUCUGUAAAAUAAAGUUUUCUGACUGAUUUCUGUAUUUUUAUAAUAAUGAAGUAUUCAGUUUGUUUUGAGUACAAUUACUCUAAAAUUCUGAAUGAGAAGCUUUCCGUUCAAAACGUAUUUCAGCAAAUAGUUCCUAAUUCCUUGGAAAUAGUAUUAAUCUUCAUUAUAAAUGUUAAAUUCUGUCUACAUUUAAAGGGGAAAAGAAAAAAAAAAAAUAAUACUGUACAUACAGUAUCAUGAGGGAAGAGAGAUAUUUUGCUGUGGUUAGAAUUUUUGAAGUCAACUGAAUGAAAAUAAGAUUUUGGAAUUUUUUUUUUUAAUUUUCAGGCUCUCUCUAAUAUUCAAUAAUUGGAAAUUUUGAAUAUAUUUUAUUUGAAAAAUCAUAUAUAUUAAUCUUGUAUCCUGCAUUGCAGUUAAUGUAUGAUGUAAAAACCGUUACAUCAUUUUAUAUGAAAUUGUCUUUUACUCACUAUUUCUGAAAAGAUGCUGUGUACUUUUUGUUUUAAAUUUUCUUUCUUCUUUCAACUGGUGAUACAUUGCCAUCUGAAUGGUAAUGGGACCUGAUGUAUGAAAUCAGAAACCUCCUCCCUCUAAUUUUUUCGAUGUGGUAACUUUCAGUGAUUCCUGUUACAUUUCAUAUAAAGUAUUUCGUGAGAUAACCUUUUAAUUUAAUAUUUUUUUAUUCAAAGGUACGUAAACAAAAUAUAUUUUCUCUUUUUAUGUAUUUUGUUUUAAUGGUUUUAAUUUAGUAUUUGUUACAUAAAAUAUAAAUUUGCACAUUUUAAAUUAGGAUCGUGGUCUUUUUCUGAAAGCUGAAAAAAAGAGAGUAAAGAAUUGUUUUUUUGAUUUUGUUAUAAACUAAUUAGAGAUAAAACAAAAUUAAUGCAAAUGAAUAGUUUAUCAAUUCAGUAAUCAAAUAUAUGAAAAAAUUGUAGAAUUAAAAAAUCAAAUUUCUUUUAAUCUAUGAAAAAUCAUUUCCUGUGACAGGUUCUGCUUCUAAUUUUAUAUUCUUAAAAUCUGAAAUUGGAGGGGGGAAUUACAUAUUGUAGAUUAGUUAGUUCUAGGAGGAUUUAAAGACUCCUAUCCCAUUAGCCCCAAAAAAUUAAUUCUGAAUGCUAAAAACUGUUUAAAAAUAAACUCAGCCUAAUUAUAGUUAUAUUUUAAAAUGCAAUAAGCAAAGUAUCAAAACUCAGUUAAAGCACUUUUAUGAAGGUAGCAUCAUAAGUCCAAUUAUAUAGCAUUUCUCUUUUGAUUAAUUAUCUUACAUGCCAUAAUAAAUUAUUUUUGACAAAAAAAAAAAAGGGUGGGUGGGUUGUUUUAAGUCAACUCCUGUGGGCACAGAAUGAGCAUAGUAAUAGAUAAUUUGGCAUCGAGUAUGAAAAACUGCUUUUUUUUUUUUAUAUAUUUGGUAAAAUUUUUAUCUUUGUGCACCUCUGAAAUUUGAAUUCUACUUUGGCUGUCUUUUUAAAAUGAGCAAAAUAUUGUUUAUCCUAACUGAAAGACUAUUUUUAAUGUUAUAUUUAUGCUAUUAUCAAAAGCUGUAUUUUACAGAAAAUUUUAAACUCAAGAAGUGUCAUUUUUUUUUUUUUUUAAAUUCAUGUUCAAGUGAGUUAUUUUUUGUUACUGAAACUGUUUAUUUAAAUUGCAUUUAUUACUGAAAUGCAUUUAUUAUUUGUAACAUAUUUUGUGCAUGGUUUUUAAAUCCCAUAAGAAAUUAUAUUUAAUCAGUAAUGUUGGAAUAAAAUUAGUCCUAUUUCUUAAUGUUGUUGAACUGCAUUGUUGUUGCAGUUGUUACAUAGAGCGAUAACUUUGCUUUACGAACAAAGAAUGAUGAUGAGAGAAUUUCUGCUCAGAAUCUUCAUACAUUGAACUAUGUUUUCUCUUAAACUUUUGAGUAGUACUUAACUAUGGCUCUACUAGUCAUAACAUAUAUUAUACAAAUUUUAUUAACUUUGUUGGUGUUGCGUGAAAAAUGUAUUAUAUGAUCUCUAGAGUUGAAUUUGAAUUGUAUCUGCCGUCAUUGUAACAAAGUACAAUUUUAAGUUAUUUGUUCUGUACAGAAAGGUGUAAUAAAGUUGUUAUUGUAUUGAUUAA